AAUAACAGGUCCAGUGUUUGAAAAACAAACUCGUUUUCUAGACCGAUCUAGAUAAAUAGGCCGAACUAUAUAUUCAUUGAUCUGUAGAACAGGAAUUAGCAAAAUCCAAUUAGAUAUUCAUUGAUAAAAUACGUGCUACAAGGAACUAAAAUGAGUGAGCAAGAUUUGUUUAAAAUUGAGACAAACAACACUGUAGGACGGUAUUCAGUGGCUAGCCAAGACUUAAAGCCCGGCGAUGUGAUAUUUAAAGAAGCUCCCUUUGCGUAUGGACCGAAAUCAGAUAGUGCAUGUGUUUGUUUGGGUUGCCACAAUCCCGUAGACUGCGCCACAUUAUGUUCAAAAUGUUCGUGGCCAGUGUGCGGACCACAAUGCGAGGUCUUAUCCGUACAUAAAGACAACGAAUGUGAUGUAUUCUCGAAUGCCAAAGUAAAAUUUCAAGCUGUCGAAGACCCUACAGAUGUUUGUCUUCAGUAUGAAUGUAUUACUCCUAUAAGAGUUCUGCUUGAGAAAGAACGUGAUCAAAAACGAUGGGAAGAGGAAGUAUCAGUCAUGGAAUCACACAAUGAGCAAAGAAAACCAAAACCCAUAUGGGAAUUUAACCAACACAACAUUGUAGAAUAUUUAAGGGGGCCUUGUAAACUAGACAGAUUCUCAGAAGAUUUAAUUCAUACAGUGUGUGGAAUACUAGAGGUAAACGCAUUUGAAGCAAGGACACCGAAUUGUUACAUGAUUAGAUGUUUAUUCCCUAAGUUAGCUCUAAUGUCACAUAAUUGUGUAUCGAAUAUUCACCAUGCGGUUGACUGUCACGGAAACGGAAAUCUAAAAGAUUGCGUUGUUACAGUCAGAGCAGCUAUACACAUUCCAAAAGGUGGGGAGCUAUACAGUAGCUACACAUAUUCCAUCUGGCCCACACUCGUCAGGAGAGAAUUUCUAAGGGAAAGUAAAUUUUUUGAAUGUGCCUGCCCGAGAUGUUCGGACAAAACCGAAUUAGGAACGCACAUGAGCAGCUUAAAAUGCCAAAGAUGCGAUAACGGUGUAGUCGUGGCUUCGGAUCCUUUAAAUGAUUUAUGCGAAUGGAAUUGUACUCACUGCGACUAUAAGACUCAUGGAGGAGCUAUGAGGAAAGUUUUUGCUGCCAUACAGAAUGAAAUAGAUCAGGUAGAAUACGUAGGCGGACAUGAGGGUAUUCAACAAAGAGAAACGAUAUUUAGGAAAUACAAAUCAGUUCUUCAUCCCAAACAUGCUUAUAUGACUAUUUUAAGAAGUGCCCUUAUCCAGUUAUAUGGAAAGGCUGAAGGAUAUACAUUAGGAGAUUUGCCAGAUGUAAUUUUGGAAAGGAAAAUGGAAUUGUGCUACCAACUUUUGGAAGUUUUAGAUGUUAUCGAACCCGGAUUAUCAAGAAUCAGAGGUAUAACACUGUACGAACUCCAUGGACCCAUAAUGAUGCACGCCAGACACCAGUACCAAUACGACGCAAUCAGCAAAGAUGACUUCAGGCAAAAACUCAAAGAAUCUGUGGAUAUUCUUAAACAGGCAGUGGAAAUAUUAACAAAUGAACCGGUCAGUCAACCUGAAGGUCAAUUAGGUCAAAUGGCACAAACAGCAUACGAUCAGUUGAUCGAAAAUUUUGAUAUGCUCGUUGAGACUGCUUACUAAUGUAACAUUGUUUAAUAAAAUAUAAAAGUAUUAUCGAGAUACCUUACUUGCUACACCAAUUAAUUCAUAGGUUGUAGUUCACGUUUUUCCAAAAAAUGCUAGCAAAUAAGAAUACAAAUUUAUAAAGUACGAAUAACCUCAUAAAAAGCCACUCUAUAUAUCUUGAAAUAAAACCACUUAGCAACGU